UUAAAAAAAAAAAAAAAAAAAAAAAAAAAACUGUUUCAGCUGGAAUGGUUAGUUCGAUAAUGUACAACAAACUAAUAAGCAGAUACUUUUGCUGAAGAUCUGAGAGUUAUACUGUAAGCUUGGUACUAAUUUCAGAGCUGUUUCCGCUAUGGAUGAUCAGAUCAGUUCCACUACAGAGGAUCAGAAGUACCUGCAGCAGGCAGGAGAGGAACUCGCCCCCGAUGAGUUUAUCGAGGAGGUGUCAGAUUUCUCCGACUGUAAAAACUUCGACAUGGAUGAUAUUUUGGAUUUGGCCGGAGGUGCAAAAGACGCCAUCGAGAGACACCGAUCGGAAGAUCAGAUCAUGGACAUAAAAAACGUAAAGAUCACAAACUCCCGACCGGAAAAAGAGGAAGCACAUGCGGAAGCUAAAGCACCAUCGUCUCAGUUGUGGGAUCUGCUGUACUGGCGUGAUGUACAGAAGACAGCGUGUGUGUUCGGAGCGACGCUGUCACUGUUGAUCUCUCUGAGUCUGCUCAGCAUCAUCAGUGUGUGUUCAUACAUUGCUCUGGCUCUGUUAUCUGUCACCAUCUGCUUCCGAAUCUACAGAGGAAUCACAGAUGCCCUACAGAAGACCGAGAACACACACCCGUUUAAGUUGUAUCUGGACCAGGAUGUUACUCUACCAGCUGAUGUGAUUUAUAAACACAGUGAUAUGCUGUUGAAACAGACCAAUGCCACUAUUAAUGAGCUGAAGCGUCUCUUCCUGGUGGAGGAUCUGACUGACUCUCUGAAGUUAGCAGUGCUGCUGUGGGUUCUGACCUAUGUCGGUUCUGUGUUUAAUGGACUCACCCUUCUCAUUAUUGGUGAAGUUGCAGCAUUCACCUGUCCAGUACUCUAUGAAAAACACAAGACGCAGAUUGAUCAUUACUAUGGACUGGUGAACAGCCACCUCCAAGACGUAGUGAAAAAGAUUCAGGCAAAGAUUCAUGGAGUGAAGAAUAAAGCUGAAUAAAGAGCAGCAGUGUUUGAAUGCAAGUGAAUAAACAGCAUGGAGUGUGUGUUUACGCAAAGCUGUUGUGUUACUGCAGUGUGUGUUAAAUCAAUUGUGUUAAGGAAAAAAUCCACUUAAAAAUAAAUGGAUUUUGUAUUUUCAUUUUCCCCUGCUUUAUUAGUUCUCGUUGCUGCAGUGUUUAUUUCAUUGAUUUGUGUCUGUGUAAAUGAAAAUGAGAUUAUAAAAGAGUGUAUUUUUCUGCAUCUUUAUCGUUAAUGUGAAUAGCAUUAGUUAUAGUGUAUAUUGAAUCUUAUGACUGUGAAGCUCAAUGUACAUCAUUUUUCAUAUAGCUUUAUUUUUCUUUACACUGCUGCCUGUCUGUGAAAAUAAAAUAAACGUGAAUAAAUCA